GCUUUAGUCAGGCAAGGAAAGCACAUUAACUCAGCUAAUUUAUCUUUAGUGCCUAAAAAGUUUAUUCAACUCUCACCAGUAUUAAUAUAAUACUACAUAACAGGUUGUGCUUUGUGAAAUACACUUGAUAAUGAAAUUUGACAUCUGACAAGCCAGAAUUGUAGACAUCUGACAAGUCAGGAAAAUCGACCGUAAACAGGUUGUUGCGGAAACAACGCUAUGUGAACGUGUUGCGAAUGGAAGGUAUCUAAGGAGGUGAAACAUAUGCCUCGGGGCACACUGAAUGAUACUGUUUUCUUAAUGUUUGACAAAUUAUUUUGGAGGAGGAAUGUACCCUGAAAACAUUUUAGAAAUGUAUGUGUAUGUAAUCAUGCAUGAAAAAUGGAAGUUGCAUCUUUAAUUUUUUGUAUCUCAUUUAUUAAAAUAGAUUGGAUUGGCCUUGUGUACUUGACUGAGCAUCUUUCCAGUGACGUCACUGCAGUUUCUCCAGCUGGAAUCGCACCGCACGGGCGUUUAACCGGCAGACCACGACAAAACAGUUCCAUCUAGAGAGCUCCUUUUUAUGCCAAAAAUGGCUACUCAGGAGCUGCAGCCAAACGAGACCCUGGCGACGCUGAAAACGGAGUCGGAGACCCUCAAGAUAAAGCUGGAGGAGGAGAGGGCGAAACUGCAUGAUGUCGAGCUGCAUCAAGUGGCGGAGAGGGUGGAGCCGCUCGGCCAAUUUGUCAUGAAGACGAGGAGGACCCUAAAGGGACAUGGCAACAAAGUUCUGUGCAUGGACUGGUGUCGGGACAAGAGGAGGAUCGUGAGCUCCUCACAGGAUGGAAAAGUGAUUGUAUGGGAUGGAUUCACAACUAAUAAGGAACAUGCCGUGACCAUGCCAUGCACAUGGGUUAUGGCGUGUGCAUACGCCCCCUCUGGCUGUGCAGUGGCGUGUGGAGGACUGGAUAAUAAGUGCUCAGUAUACCCCCUCUCCCUGGACAAGAAUGAGAAUCUUGCUUCCAAGAAGAAGUCUGUUGCCAUGCACACCAACUACCUGUCUGCCUGCAGCUUCACUAACUCUGACAUGCAGAUCCUGACAUCCAGUGGAGAUGGGACGUGUGCCCUGUGGGAUGUGGAGAGUGGGCAGCUGCUGCAGAGUUUCCAUGGACACGCUGCAGACGUCCUCUGCCUGGACCUGGCCCCUUCAGAGACCGGCAACACCUUCGUCUCAGGGGGCUGUGACAAAAAGGCCAACGUGUGGGACAUGCGUUCUGGUCAAUGUGUUCAAUCCUUUGAGACUCACGAGUCAGACAUUAACAGUGUCAGGUACUACCCCAGUGGAGAUGCCUUUGCAACGGGCUCUGAUGAUGCCACUUGUCGUCUCUUUGACCUGCGAGCGGACAGGGAGGUGGCUAUCUAUUCCAAAGACAGCAUCAUAUUUGGGGCAUCCAGUGUGGACUUCUCUCUUAGUGGCCGACUGCUGUUCGGUGGGUACAAUGACUAUACCAUCAAUGUGUGGGACGUGCUGAAGGGAACCAGGGUGGCCAUCCUAUUUGGUCACGAGAACCGCGUCAGCACCUUGCGGGUUUCCCCUGACGGGACGGCGUUCUGCUCCGGGUCCUGGGACAACACUCUGAGGGUCUGGGGCUAAGGUGUUUCCUCAGAAGGAGGGAUCAGCACCCUGGAAAUGCUGUUUUAGUUGGUCACACUCCCCCAGUCAGUCUGCAUCCACACCUCAUCUAGUACUGUAGGUCUCCAAUAAUGCAGAAGAGGAUCACCCUGAAUGCAUUGGGGAAGCACAAUGUACACACAUAUUCAUUAUACCGUACACGCACCACUUAAAUAUUUUAGAUAUUCCCUCUCAUGAAUACUUUUCCGUUGCCUGGCAACAACAGCUGUAUAUUUCCUACCCAUGUGUCUACAAGCAAAUCCAGAAACCUCUGGUAUCACUCAUUGAAGUAAUAUAACAUACUGUAUGAUAAUAUAGGUAAUGUGAUGGUCCUUUUUUAUUUUCAUUGUUGAUGUUGUUGAUUUGCCUUCCUGUGAUAUUUACAUUACUUUUCUAGAGAAUAUUUUCUAAAUAACAAAAUUAAUCAGUAUUAUUUUUUUGGUUAAUUUGUGUCUAAGAUUGUGAAGAGAAACAGAGAUACUUGGAUCAUUGCUGUAUACAUUCCACAUGAAUUAAAAAGCAUGAUUAAUAAUGAUUGUAUCCACACAUGGAACCACCCACUCAGCAGUAGGUUAAGGUGAGAAAUUUUAAUAUAAAUCAGCCGAACAUAACUGAGUGGAUGUGUUGGGUGGAGACACACAUUUCUCUUUAGAUAGAUUCAUUCUAUAUCUAUAUGUUUAACAUUUCCAACCAAAUCCAUUUCUCCAACAACCUUCCAAUCAGUUGUACCUGGAGUAGAAUUCAGAUAUUGAUCAGAUUAUCAUGUUUUUUUAUGUUGGGCAGUUACAAGUGCAAACUAUAAGUAGCACAAUUUAGAUGCCUCUAAAAUGAAUUUUCAGUAUUGUUCUAAUAUUUGUCAUUUCUUUUAGUUGGAUGCUCAUGUAAUAUGUUACUUCCUUGUAUGCUCAGUCUAUAUCAUUCAAGCACAUUAAAUGGUAUUUUAAA